AUGCCUUCUGUGUUCUCACACCCGGACUGGGACCCUGACUCCCAUUUUUGUCGUGCACUCCCAGUGCCUUCUGUCCAGAAAGAGUUUAAGUAUCACAUCGACCUGAAAGCAUUUGAUGACCAAGGAUUAGACAUUCCAUGCGAGGCAAUGGAGUUGUUCUUCAGAGAAGGGGUGGCUGUAAUUGGCACCGCUUCCUUGCAUUUGUACAUACACAAUCCCUCGACAUCAUUCAUGGGUGACAAACGGGCUCUGUGGAUGGACAGCAUGCAUGCACGUAAUACACUGAGAGGCAAAAUUCGCUCUUUCCAACUGCAUUGGACAGCUCUGCAGAUGGCUGGCCAGACUAAUCUGCUUCGUGAAGAACCGAUUAACCUUCCUUCAGGUUCCAAAAAACGACCUGCAGAAGAAGAGAGUCCGGAGCCGCUAAAACCCCUUCCAUCUAUGCGACGACUCAGUACAGAUUUGGUAUCCAAAAAUAGUGCUAAUUCGUACAAUUCCGACGAUAUCAAGAACGUCCCAAUCGGUGGAGAUUUGAUGGAGUUCUAUGUUGGGCAAAAUUCCAGCCUCACUCGUUCCCACGGCGUCUAA